GGAAAGUAUUCAAUGUUUUUGUUCUCUGUAGGAAGAAGGAGCUUGAGCUUUGCCCAGUCAAGAAGGAUGUCUAUCAAAGGAGCUCUAAUUGAUCUCAGUGGCACCUUGCAUGUGGAGGAUGAACCCACUCCAAAUGCAGUUGAGGCUUUGAAAAGAUUGCGAGAAUCUGGUGUAGCAGUCAAGUUCGUUACAAAUACCACGAAGGACUCCAAGGCCACUCUACACGAACGGCUCUGCAAGAUUGGUUUCCAGGUGGACCCCUCUGAGAUCUAUAGCUCCUUGAGCGCCGCAGUCGAUUUUGUGGAGAACGAGAGACUGAAUCCUUACUACAUCCUGUCCGAGGAUGCGCGCCAGGACUUUCCGCCGGAGGAUACCAAGCGCUACCAGGAUUCAGUUUUGAUUGGUCUAGCUCCCAAGUUCUUCAACUAUGACAAGCUGAACGAGGCUUUCAAUGUUCUGCUGGAGAAUAAGAAUCACAAACUGGUGGCCGUGCACCAGGGUAAAUACUACAAACGGGCCGAAGGUCUGGCCUUGGGUCCUGGAUGCUUUGUCAAGGGUCUGGAGUUUGCCACAGGACGAACGGCCAAAGUGAUUGGCAAACCGAAUCCGUACUUCUUCGAAGGAGCUCUGGCCGGGCGGGAUCCCGCCUCCUGCGUCAUGAUAGGAGAUGACGCCAAUGAUGACAUUGUGGGCGCCAUGAGCGUGGGCAUGCAGGGCAUUCUUGUCAAGACUGGCAAAUAUCUGCCAGAUGUCAAGCCAUCGCCUCCACCAACCGCUUUGGUUGAAAACUUUGCCGAGGCAGUCGAUUGGAUAAUAAAGAAAAACAAAUCUUAGGCUUAAUAUGUUCUUUAAAAACUAUGUGUGUCAUAUUCAAACCAAUAGUUAUUGACAAAUUCUACAUUUAAUGUAUUACUCAAUAAGGCUUAACUAUUAUCAUUAGAGUUUGAAAAGUAAAUAAAUGUGCAAAAACAGUUCAAA